GUUUAAUAAGAGAUCCAAAGGACAUAUUGGAUUUGCAAUUGAUCUGCUGUCUCGUGGACUACUUGCCUCCUUCUCUUUAGUUUGAGUUUGUGAGUUUGUGAGUGUGUGUGUGUUUGUGUGUGAGUGGGAACGACAGAGACUCGACUCUGAAAACAAAGUCUGUGAAGAUGUCUGCACUGCGGCUUCUGUGGGUCCCUGCGCUGUUGUGUUUAACACAUGCUUGGCUCUGCUAUGGAGCGUGUGUGGAGGUCGACUCUGACACAGAGGCAGUGGCGGGAAAAGGCUUCAAACUGACCUGCAUCUCUUGCAAGAUGAGAGGAGAAGUGGUUGCCUCCGCCACGGUGGACUGGUGGUUCAUGGCCAAAGGCGAGAGUGAAUUCACACACAUCUACACUUAUGCAGAAAUGACAGCCAGCAUAACAGACGAGCGCUUUGAAGACCGCCUGGCCUGGAAUGGCAGUAAAAAAACAGACGACGUGCAGGACGGCUCAAUUUACAUCCUUAACGUCACCUUCAAUGACACCGGCACCUUUCGAUGCUUCUUCGACAGAAUCCUCAUCUUCCCCAACUAUGAGUACCACACCAACGCCACCAAGUUCAUCACCAUCAGCGUAGUAGGACAUGCAACCCGAGGGAUGGCGUCAAUCUUGUCUGAGGUGAUGAUGUACGUGUCCAUUAUCGGGCUGCAGUUGUGGCUGGUGGUGGAGAUGGUUUACUGCUACAGGAAGAUUGCAGCAGCCGGAGAGGAAGCGCUGAGAGAGAGCGAGGCGGAAUAUUUAGCUAUAACCUCUGAGAGCAAAGAUAACUGUGCAGGUGUAGCGGUGGCAGAAUAACACAGGUCUAAAAAAAGCCUCAAGCCAAAAGCUUGAAGCUCUGUCCAUCAUGACACGACCAACGGCCUCUCCGUCUCCCUCUCUGGCGCUCUGCCAAACCACAGGACCAUUGUUUGACCUUUGAGUUCGACUGUGACAGAGGCACCAUUAUAAACCAUCAGGGAAACACAGUCACACAUUACGUUAAAGGAAGUGUUUUGUUUUAAGGCACAUGAUGACCGCUCUGAGUUUAAAUGAAGAAUGCAGUAAUUGUAGCACUGCACAUAACAAAUCAUACCCAACAUGACUUGUACAUAUGUUUUAGCUCUUAACACCUGUAAUGCUUUUUCACAUCAAGAGAACUCCGCUUUAAAUGGGAUCAACAUAAGUCACUAAUAUAUAU